AUGUGCCAUGGAAUGGUAGCACCAAAGAGCAACACAGGAUCGUCUCUUGCCUUGACUAGCCAUGGGUUAUUUCUUCUGCUAGUCAUCUUUGGUACCUUUAUCUUGGAAGCACAGGCCACAGGUUUGCUCAGCAAAUCCAAAGAACCUGCAUAUUGUCCCCAGCCACCACAGCCUGAGAAUGGAGGCUAUAAGUGCCACCCUAGCCCCUGCAACAACCCUCUGACUUCAGGCAGUGUCAUAGAGUAUCUGUGUGUCGAAGGCUAUAUGCUGAAAGGAGAUUAUAAAUACCUGACCUGCAAGAAUGGAGAGUGGAACCCAGCCAUGGAAGUCACCUGCAGGCUCAGCCCGGAAAAGGACUCUCCUCCAACAAUUGGCGUGCCCACGCUGUCCAUAGUAGCCUCCACAGCAAGCUCCGUCGCCCUGAUUCUUCUCUUAGUUGUGCUGUUUGUUUUGCUGCAGCCAAAGCUGAAGUCGUUCCAUCAUAGCAGGCGAGACCAAGGUGUGUCUGGAGAUCAGGUGUCUAUCAUGGUGGAUGGUGUCCAAGUGGCCUUGCCAUCCUACGAAGAAGCAGUCUAUGGCAGCACAGGGAACUGCAUUCCACCCUCGGACUCCCGAGUGCAGAUCGUGCUCUCGGAGGGAGCUGGACAGAACGGAGCCAGAGAGAUGCAGCAGCAGGACCAAGGGGCUCGCAAUAGCUUUGAAAGAGAAGAUGAAGCCCCCGGACAUUCUGGACUGUGUGAAGCCAGUGGCUCUCAGCGCUCUGAAACUGUUCUUGUGCAUCAGGCUGCUACCUCUUCUUGGGUAGCUGGCAUGGCUAGCAGUAGACCUGUGCAGAAAGAGGUCCAAGAUUCAGAAAGCAGUGACAUACAGAGCCUUCUAUCACUCACUUCCUCCGAGGAAUACACAGAUGAUAUUCCAUUACUGAAGGAAGCAUGAGGCCUGCUGUGUUUGUCUAGCCUUCUCCCUCUUGGAUUUCUUUCUCCUUCCCUCUCCCUGCCUUCAGGACAGAAGCACUCUGUGCAGCCUUCCCCGUCCUCGCGAGCUGUGCCCUGGAUACCUCCAAGCAGAGAUGCCCUCAGCUGAAGAUCCAAAGGAUGUCGCCAGGUUGCCUCCUGGAUGCACCAGUGGAGCUGGUGCAGUGCUGGCUUCCCCAUUCCAUCUGCAUCAGGGGCUCAAGGAACAGAGUGGAUUUGAGCUCUCCUCCCUUCUUCCCAGCCAGAUGUUUGACAGCAGUCUCUGAAGAGCUGCUCUUUUCUUGUGCCUUUCUCCUCCUCACGCCGGCUUGUUGCAGCUUAUCAGCCUCUCUAGCCCUUCUGCUGCCCAGAGAGCAGAUGCUAAAACCGCCAGCUCACUGGGUGCAGACA